CGUCUGAAUCACCACUAGACUGGGAAGGAAAGUUCCACACAUCCAGCCCAGCAAAGAGCAGCACAAAGCUGAGAGAACAACUCAGAGAAGAGAACUGAAGAAGAGUGGAGAUGAAUCUUAUCCCAGACUUUGCAAUGGAAACCUGGGUUCUCCUGGCUGUCAGCCUGGUGCUGCUCUACCUAUAUGGGACCCACUCACAUGGACUUUUUAAGAAGUUGGGAAUUCCUGGGCCAACACCUCUUCCUUUCCUGGGUACUGUUUUGGGUUACCGUAAGGGAUUUUGGGAUUUUGAUGCAGAAUGUCAUAGAAAGUACGGGAAAACGUGGGGAUUGUACGAUGGUCGACAGCCUCUGCUGGUUAUCACGGAUCCUGACAUGAUCAAAACAGUGCUAGUGAAAGAAUGUUAUUCUGUCUUCACAAACCGGCGGUCUUUUGGUCCAGUGGGCUUUAUGAAAAAUGCCAUCUCUAUAUCUGAGAAUGAAGAAUGGAAGAGAAUACGAGCAUUGCUGUCUCCAACCUUCACCAGUGGAAAACUGAAGGAGAUGUUCCCCAUCAUGAGCCAGUAUGCAGAUGUGUUGGUGAGAAACCUGAGGCAGGAAGCAGAGAAAGACAAGCCCAUCAACUUGAAAGAUGCCUUUGGAGCCUACAGCAUGGAUGUGAUCACAGGCACAUCAUUUGGAGUGAACAUUGAUUCUCUCAACAACCCACAAGAUCCCUUUGUGGAAAACACCAAGAAGCUCUUAAGAUUUGAUUUUCUUGAUCCCUUCCUUCUGUCGAUAAUACUCUUUCCAUUCCUUACCCCAGUUUAUGAAGCACUGAGUAUUACUGCAUUUCCAAAAGAUGUUAUAGACUUUUUUAAAAAAUCGGUGAAAAGGAUGAAAGAAAGUCGCCUGAAAGAUAAAGAAAGGCACCGAGUAGAUUUCCUUCAGCUAAUGAUCGACUCCCAGAACACCAAAGAAACGGUGUCCCAUAAAGUUCUGUCUGAUCUGGAGCUUGUGGCACAGUCAGUUAUCUUCAUUUUUGCUGGCUACGAGACCACUAGCAGUGCUCUUUCUUUCAUUAUGUAUGAACUGGCCACUCACCCUGAUGUCCAGAAGAAACUGCAAGACGAGAUUGAUGCGGCUUUGCCCAAUAAGGCACCUGCCACCUAUGAUGCCAUGGUACAGAUGGAAUAUCUUGACAUGGUGGUGAAUGAAACUCUCAGAUUAUUCCCAAUUGCUGGAAGACUGGAGAGGGUCUGUAAGAAAGAUGUUGAAGUCAAUGGAGUGCUCAUUCCCAAAGGGGUCACAGUGAUGAUACCAACCUAUGCCCUUCACCGAGACCCAAAGCACUGGAUAGAGCCUGAGGAGUUCCGUCCUGAAAGGUUCAGCAAGAAGAACAAGGACAGCAUAGAUCCUUACAUAUACCUGCCCUUUGGAACUGGGCCCCGAAACUGCAUUGGCAUGAGGUUUGCUCUCAUGAACAUGAAACUUGCUCUUGUCGGAGUCCUGCAGAACUUCUCCUUCAAACCUUGUGAAGAAACACAGAUCCCCCUGAAAUUAAGCAGGCAAGGAUUUCUUCAACCAGAAAAACCCAUUGUUCUAAAGGUUGAAUCAAGAGUUGGGACUGUAAGGGGAGCCUGAGUUUCCCAAAGGACUUCUGCUCUGUUCUUCAAGAAAGCUAUGUCUAAGAACACCAGACACCCCAAUUUACUCUGUGAAUAAAACCAAGAAAUGAAGAUGAGCUGCUCCUACUGCAGUUGAAGAACAUUUGGAGAUUCCAUACAUUCAUGGAGCUCUCUCAGUAUCUGUGUAGAAAACUACAUAUUGUGUGACAUGAAGUAACUAAACCAGUGGACUCCUCUUCCCUGGUUCUUAUAGGAUGAUUUCCACCCACUCCCACUUAGGAUCAUUGACUCCUCCUCAAGUCUGAUUAAAGAAUAAACAUUUCUCAACAACUUCAUUGAUAAAUUUUAAAGAAAAUGAGAAUUAUUGUGGUGACUCUAGUGGCAUUCAUAUGUAUAGUUGUUAUAUUCUUUAAAAAGUAUUAUACUGAACAAAUCAAUAAACACCUCCUUGCAAAAGUA